AUGCUGAAUGUCGGUUGGAGUGCGCUCACUCUGUUUUCCAAGGCAAGCUUCAUGAAAGAAGCUGCCAAGACAGGUAAACCAGAGGCGAAGAAGAGACCUUACAACAAUACCAACAGGGCUCAGCGCGCAGCUGAGUCUGACAGGAAGGAGCACCGGAGCUACAAAUCAACUGCUUUGGACCCAAGUCGAUUGACUGCCCUCGAAUUUGCCAAGUGUGUGAGUUUGCAGCAUGACAUGCGCAUAGGAAAAUCAAAAGCAGGCACCCAAAGAUGCGCUGCGUCGGUUGAUGCCUUCCUGACCGUGAUUUACAACGGGGUAGCAGAGACCCUGCCCGACAGGUUCAUCCGCCGUGGCAGAUCUUCGGGGCAAGAGGACCCCGAUUUCGACAUUGAUUCUGACUGCGAAGUGGAGGAGAUGCGUGACUUCUUAGAUACUCCGGGCAAAGGCCCCGUGUGGCAGAUGCUGCAGCACAAUGAAAGGAAAGUUGCCAAGUAUAUGGACCCAGGCACUGUGGCAGACUUGUAUCAACACUAUGUUGCAACACGUCAAAUGUUCGGGGCCGUUGCAGUAUCGUAG